CCGGCCGUGGUUUCCCCUCUGUCUCUCUCUGUCUCUGUCUCUCUCUCUCUGGAUCCAUAAAACGAGAACGCUCUUUUAUAGCUUCGUCUCCUCCGGUCCUCCCAUCUUCUGAUUUAAGUAAAAAGCACGGUCAUUUCCAGAAGAACAGCGAGAGGGAGGGGGGGAAAAGGGAAGAGCUCGAGAAGGAUCAUGGAGGCUGCCACUACGAGGAGCGGUUGUUUCAUUGCCGAUGACGACGAUUCGUUGGCCGACAUGGAAGCGGGGUUCUCGGAGAACCUUCAUGUGUGGAGGAAUGUGGUUGGAUCGUCGCCCGUCGCUUCGCCGAGAUCCGCGAGGUUCUACGACGCGAGGUUCGAAGAUCACCUUCCGCAUUUCCUGGAGACUUGCUUCCUCUGCAAGAAGAGGUUGGGGAACAACAGGGACAUCUUCAUGUACAGAGGGGAACUCGCAUUCUGCAGCGAGGACUGCAGGCUGGAGCAAAUGGAGAUGGAGGAAGCCAAGGAGAGGAACUGGAACCUCUCUUCCUCCAUGAAAGCCCUGAGGAAGAAGAAGCACGCCAAGUCCGCUUCUCCUCCCGAAGCUCAGGACCAACACUUGCCCAGUAGAACUGUUGUUGCUGUUUGAUCCAACCACAACAUCUCGUAUAGUUCGAGAAGCGUUAUACAUAAUAUGCAUAUACCCAAUACUGUUUUAGCCUCUAAUUAAGCUUAAGUUGCGUGUAUUAUAUCGAUAGAGGACGUUGACUAGAUCUCCGGCCUCUCUGCAACAUGAAGAAGGCCGAGAAAGAGAGUAGAGUGUACAGUAGCUGAAGGGAGGGAGAUUGCUGUUUUUGAGGAUCUCCCCAGUUUCAGUCCUCUUUUUUUUUUUUUUUCAUCUUCUUGUUUUGGUUGGACUUUUCAUGUAUAAAGCCCUCAAGUAUAAACAAUGAGUGAGCAUGGUUAUCUUU